AUGUCCUAUUCUUUGGUGAUGGAAGAAGUCAGAACUGAGGAUCCUAUCGCCAUUCACUCGGAGACAAACGAACUGCUUCAGGAUCUAAGCGAAGCUGACUUGUACUCGAAAUACAAAAAGCAUCAAAGGCACCUCGAAUUUCUCGAACUUCAAGAAGAGUAUAUAAAAGAUGAGCAGAAAAAUCUCAAGCGUGAGUUAAUCAGAGCUCAGGAAGAGGUCAAACGAAUUCAAUCCGUGCCAUUAGUUAUUGGUCAAUUUUUGGAACCGAUUGACCAACACACAGGGAUUGUUGGAUCUACAACGGGAUCAAACUAUGUUGUUCGAAUUUUAAGCACCAUCGAUCGAGAAUUACUCAAGCCUUCUUCCUCAGUUGCCCUUCACCGUCACUCAAAUUCCUUGGUUGAUGUGUUACCGCCCGAGGCAGACAGUAGCAUUGCGAUGCUUGGCACCGAUGAGAAACCCGACGUGACGUACGCAGAUGUGGGUGGCCUCGAUAUUCAAAAGCAAGAAAUUCGGGAGGCAGUAGAGUUGCCGUUAACGCAUUUUGACUUGUAUAAACAAAUUGGGAUUGAUCCUCCACGUGGUGUUCUGUUGUAUGGCCCGCCGGGAACGGGAAAAACCAUGCUUGUGAAGGCGGUCGCCCAUCACACGACGGCGUCUUUCAUCCGCGUGGUCGGAUCAGAAUUCGUGCAAAAGUAUUUAGGUGAAGGACCUCGUAUGGUACGUGAUGUGUUUCGAUUGGCCCGUGAGAACUCUCCGGCUAUUAUCUUUAUUGAUGAGAUAGAUGCAAUUGCGACCAAACGGUUUGAUGCACAAACAGGCGCAGAUCGGGAGGUGCAAAGAAUCUUGUUGGAGUUAUUGAAUCAGAUGGAUGGAUUUGAUCAAACAUCAAACGUCAAAGUCAUAAUGGCCACGAAUAGGGCAGACACUUUGGACCCAGCCUUGCUCAGGCCUGGUCGUCUUGAUCGAAAGAUCGAAUUCCCUACACCCGAUCGACGUCAAAAACGGUUGAUCUUUUCCACCAUUACCUCGAAGAUGAAUCUUUCGGAAGAGGUGGAUCUCGAAGAUUUUGUAUCUCGACCGGAUAAACUCAGCGGUGCGGAAAUUCACGCAAUAUGUCAAGAGGCCGGAAUGCAGGCGGUUCGAAAAAACCGUUACGUUAUUCUCAGCAAAGACAUCGAAAAGGGUUAUAAAGCGAACGUUAAGAAAGCAGACACGGACUUUGAAUUUUAUAAAUAA